GUGGGGGUCUGACAAGAUACAUGUUUGAAUGUUCCGUCAUCACUCUCUCUCUUUCUUUCUGCUUCCUUACAAGUCAACGCUAUACAUCUACACUAGCAACAGUAGUGUUUGUCAGGGUUGAACGGAAAACUAGCAUUUGUUCAACAACAUGAUGGCGGAGAAGAUAUUACCGGUGACUUUAUUCGUCUCCGUUUUGUUAGUCUUGAGUGUGGACCAGGCUAGUUCAGAUGAACCAGAUCAUCGGUACAGACAAGGAGACCAGGUUCCCUUCUAUGUUAACAAAGUCGGACCCUUUCACAAUCCUAGCGAAACCUACCGUUAUUUUGAUCUUCCGUAUUGCUUGCCAGAUAGUGCGAAGGAGAAAAGGCUGUCUCUUGGUGAAGUACUGAAUGGCGAUCGUUUGGUAAGUGGGCCUUUCCCUAUUGAAUUUCUACGCGAAAGAAAAUCUGUACCUGUUUGCAAGAAGAAGUUAUCAAAGGAAGAUGUUGCCAAGUUUCGAGCUGUUGUUCAUGAGGACUAUUAUUAUCAAAUGUAUUUUGAUGACUUGCCCAACUGGGUGUUCUUGGGGAUGGUUGAUAAGAGGCAACAAAGAUACUACCUGUUCAAUCAUAUCCAUUUAAAUAUUUAUUACAAUAAGGAUCGUGUGAUUGAGAUUACGUCUCACACGCAUACGAAUGCGGUGGUGGAACUUACUGAGGAUAAAGAGGUAGAUGUGGAGUUUCUGUCUACAGUGGAGUGGAAUGAAACAGAUUUCCCUUUUGAGAAGAGGAUGACUAAGUACUCUCAGUCAUCUUCGUUGCCUCGUCAUUUAGAGAUCCAUCGGAAUUCCGUUAUAAAUUCAUGCAUGGCAGUUCUUCUUCUUGCUGGAUUUCUUGCCGCAAUCUUGCGAAUCCUUAACAAUGACUCUGUCAAAUAUGCUAAUGACGAGGAAUUAGCCGCAGAUCAGGAAGAGACUGGUUGGAAAUGCAUUCAUGGAGAUGUAUUUAGGUAUCCCAAGCACAAGUCUCUGUUUGCAGCCUGCCUCGGUUCCGGAACCCAGCUAUUGACUCUCACGGUCUUCAUUUUUAUUUUGGCACUCGUAGGAGUGUUUUAUCCAUACAACCGGGGGGCUUUACUCACCGCAUUGGUUGUCUUAUAUGCUCUCACAUCAGGAAUUGCAGGAUACACAGCAACCUCAUUUUACUGUCAGCUUGGAGGAACAAACUGGGUUAGAAAUCUAUUGUUGACAGGAUGUCUCUUCUGUGGACCUCUCUUCCUCACAUUUUGCUUCCUGAAUGCUGUUGCAGUUGCUUAUACUGCCACUGCAGCUCUUCCUCUUGGCACGAUUGUUGUGAUAGCUCUUAUAUGGACACUUGUAUCAUCUCCUUUGCUCGUUUUAGGUGGAAUUAUUGGGAAGAAUAGCAAGGCUGAGUUCCAAGCUCCUUGUCGCACCGCCGAAUAUCCCAGAGAGAUUCCACCAUUGCGAUGGUAUCGGCAAACAAUUCCUCAAAUGGCAAUUGCGGGAUUUCUGCCAUUCAUUCUUAUACAGACCGAACUUUACUACAUCUUUGCUAGUGUGUGGGGUCACAGGAUUUAUACCUUUUACAGCUUCUUGUUCAUCAUCUUUAUUACUCUUCUGAUAGUCACUGCUUUAAUUACGGCCACAUUGACCCAUUUACAACUUGCUGCUGAGGACCACAGAUGGUGGUGGAGGUCUUUUCUCUGUGGCGGAUCAACUGGCUUAUUUAUAUAUGCCUACUGCUUUUAUUACUACUACGCACUCUCAGAUAUGUCUGGUUUCAUGCAAACCUCCUUCAUAUUUGGGUACAUGGCUUGCAUCUCUUUUGGCUGCUUCCUUAUGCUGGGCACUGUAGGUUAUCUUGCAGCUUUGCGUUUUGUCCGGCAUGUAUAUGGUUCAAUCAAGUGUGAGUAGCCUGUGAGCCCUCGUCGGAGCAACUCUAAUCCAGGUGCUAAAUGGAGAUCCAAAAAUAAAAUAAAAAAGUAAUAUUUAACUUU